CUGAAGAGUGAGGAGUCCAAGACGUUUGCCAUGAAGAUCCUGAAGAAGAGGCACAUUGUGGACACGCGGCAGCAGGAGCACAUCCGCUCUGAGAAGCAGAUCAUGCAGAGUGCACACUGCGACUUCAUCGUCAGGCUCUACAGGACCUUCAAGGACAGCAAGUACCUGUACAUGUUGAUGGAAGCCUGUCUGGGUGGAGAGCUCUGGACAAUUCUCAGGGACAGAGGCUCCUUUGAGGACUCCACCACCAGGUUCUACACAGCGUGUGUGGUGGAAGCCUUCGCCUACCUGCAUUCCAAAGGGAUCAUCUACAGAGACCUCAAGCCAGAAAACCUCAUUCUGGAUCACCGAGGUUAUGCCAAGCUGGUCGAUUUUGGCUUUGCAAAGAAAAUAGGAUUUGGAAAGAAAACAUGGACUUUUUGUGGGACCCCGGAGUAUGUGGCCCCUGAGAUCAUCCUGAACAAAGGUCAUGAGAUUUCAGCAGACUACUGGUCAUUGGGAAUCCUAAUGUAUGAGCUGCUGACUGGCAGUCCCCCUUUCUCAGGCCCAGACCCCAUGAAGACCUACAACAUCAUCCUGAGAGGAAUAGACAUGAUUGAAUUUCCAAAGAAGAUUGCCAAAAAUGCUGCUAAUCUAAUCAAAAAACUAUGCAGGGACAAUCCAUCAGAAAGAUUAGGGAACUUGAAAAAUGGAGUGAAAGACAUCCAAAAGCACAAAUGGUUUGAAGGCUUUAACUGGGAAGGGUUACGCAAAGGGACACUGACACCUCCCAUCAUACCAAGUGUGGCAUCUCCCACAGACACCAGUAACUUUGACAGCUUCCCUGAGGACAGCGACGAGCCCCCCCCUGACGACAACUCAGGAUGGGACAUCGAUUUUUAG